CCUUUACUUCGGUCAAGAUAUUUUGAGGGAGAUUCCUCUGUUCAUUCUAGGUAUUUUUUUUACGUCUGAAAAUAAGUUGUUUUGAAGUAACAUCAUGAAAGACAACUUCUGUGGAUAUGAGAACCAGCUCUUUAAAGAGGAGGAUCUUACAGGAGAAGAGGAAGAAAUGCCCUCAUUCAGAGGGAGGACCCGUGGUGGCUGUGUUAAGUGUCAGCGGGCACACUCUCUCCAGCUGGCCGUCAAAGUGCUCUAUGGCAUUUUCGCUUUUCUUAUCAUAGCGGUGGCCGUUCUGGCAUCAUUGGUAUUUAGAAAGGUUGACUACUUAUCAGAAGAGGAAUCAUUUCACCACAAAAAGAUCAUCAAGGUCCAGGAAAGUAUGCAAGAUCUGAGUUCUACGAGCAACUGCUCCAACUGUUUUGAUGUCUCACACUUGGGGGAAGAAGUCUCCAGGCUGAAAAAAGAGUUUGAAGAAAUUCAAAAGAUGAUUCUGGGUCAGGAGCAGACACUACAUCAAGCCUCUGAAACACAGCAGCGUCUAACCACCUCCAACAGCCGAUUGACGAGGGACAGUCAGAAUUAUUCUAUGUCCAUUAAGCUGAUCAAUCAGUCCUUGGAGAGAUACUUAGAUCAAGUGAAUGGCUGGAAGGUAGUCAUCACUGAAACAGAUGAGGCCAUGAAGUCUCUUGUUCAAGAUCAGUACAACCUAAAAGCUACUGUCCAACAGGUCAACACCACCAUUGGCCUCAAUGCAGUAUGGAUGGAUACACUUCAGAGAAAGGCAGAUGAAGAAACUAUGGUCUUGCAAAAAAUUACAACAGACUGGCAGAACUACAGCAAGGUGCUGGGAUCUCUAAAGUCCAAUUCUAGCACCACCAGUCAGGCCGUCAGGAGCAUCCAAACUGGCAUGUCCAUCACACACCAGAGGAUCAGCUUGAGUUCUGAGAUGGUGCACGAUCUCACCCUGCAGGUCAUGAGCUUGCAGAUGCAGCUUGACAACGUGACCUCCUUCAUGGAUGAGCAUGAUGAGAACAUGCAUGACCUCAGGUACCACUCCAAGUACUAUGAAAACAGGACAGGCGAAAGGUUCGUGACGCUGGAGGCCAGGAUGAACUCUCUGGAACUUGAGAUAGACACCAUCUCCUCCAGCAUCAACGCCACAGUCAACCACGUGCAGAGCAUGUACAAAUACAUCAACAUAGAGAGUUCCUCCUGCCAGGCCCGGCUGGGCAGCCACACAGAGGAUCUGCAUGGCCUAAACAGCACAGCCGUGCUGCUCCUACACCUGGCAGAGAACCUUCGGCAGCAGUACAUGCUCCUUAGUGUGCGGGUGGACGUCGACGUGAGGAACCUCUCCAUGGUCAUGGAGGAAAUGAAGCUGGUGGACACUCACCAUGCUCAGCUCAUUCAGAACUUCACCAUUUUGAAAGGUGCACCAGGGCCACCUGGUCUAAAAGGGUUCAAAGGAGAGACUGGAGCCAAGGGGCCGGUUGGCUUGACCGGACCCAAAGGGGACAGAGGACUUUUGGGGAACCGUGGAACUCAAGGUGAAAAGGGCUCUAUUGGUCCUAAGGGAAGUAUAGGUUUAUCUGGAGCCUCAGGAUUUAAAGGCGGUCCGGGCAUUAAAGGAGCCAAGGGGUCUUUAGGGCAACCAGGCCCUCGAGGGGAAAAAGGUCAGAAAGGUGAUAUAGGAGUUGCAGGUAAGGAUGGAUUGUCUGGGCCCAAAGGUCCAGUGGGAAUACAGGGACAGCCAGGACUCCCGGGCAUGCCUGGACUACUUGGGCCCAGAGGAAUGCCUGGUCCUCCUGGCCCACGUGGUCCUGAAGGACCUGCUGGGGAGUCCACUCCCAGGUCUUGAGCUGGACCACAUCUCCCUUGAGCUGGACCACAUCUCUCUUGAGCUGGACCACAUCUCUCUUGAGCUGGACCAUAUCUCCCUUGUCAGAAGCCAAAUGGCGCAAGCAUCUGACUUGCAUGACGCCCCUCAUCCUCAUUCUUGCACCAGGGCGAAUCGUGGCUGUUUGUGGCAUGGAUUAUCGACUGGAAACAUUCACAUUCAAUCUGUUGCACUCACUCCACCCUGUCCUUAAUGGGUCGACUCUUAUCAGUAUCUCCUCACCCCGGGGUUGUAAAUAUGGCUUCCAUUCAGAAGGUUCAAAGGAAAGGAACAAAUGUGGUCUGUGUUUUAUUUCCCACUUAAAGAAUGUUCAGGGAAAACAUUGAGAAAAGGGGGUCAUAUUGGGGAAAAAAUAAAUGACCAAGAAACUGAGAAGAGAGAAUGCACAAGGCAACUAAAGCCAUGCCUCAUUUUAGCCACUGAAUUGAACCUUGCUACAUGCAAUAUAAACAUGUAAUCUGUCACUGCAGUAAAUCAAAGGUUUGAAGAUGCCAUGAAGCACAUGCAUGGGUGUUUUAUAAAGGUUUCAGUUUACAGUAAAAUUGUGCACUUUUCAAAAAUAAAGGAACCGAUAAA